GGCGGGGCGGCCGCUGCCCCCGCUGGGCGGCCGGGGCGGGGAACCGGCACAGCCGCGGUGCUCGGCAGCAGCAGCAGUACCAGCGGCAGUAGCAGUCUCAGUAUCCGCGGCGGGGCUGCCGCACGGCUCCGUCCUCCUCCCCCCCGGCAGCCUCGGUGAGGGAGGCCGGCGGAGCGGAACGGAGCGGAGCGGAGCGGGGGGCGCCGCGGCAGACAAAGCAAAGAUGGCAGGGAUCCUCGCCUGGUUCUGGAACGAGCGGUUCUGGCUGCCGCACAACGUCACCUGGGCCGACCUGCAGAGCACGGAGGAAGCCUCCUUCCCGCAGGCGGAGGACCUCUACCUCGCCUUCCCCCUGGCCUUCUGCAUCUUCAUGAUCCGCCUGCUCUUCGAAAGGUUCAUUGCUAAACCAUGUGCCUUAGGCCUUAAAGUCCAAGCUAAUGGACCACAAAAAGCUCAACCUAAUGCUAUCCUGGAAAAAGUUUUCACAGCCAUUACAAAGCAUCCGGAUGAGAAGAGGCUGGAGGGACUCUCCAAGCAGCUGGACUGGGAUGUACGCAGCAUUCAGCGUUGGUUUCGACAAAGACGCAACCAGGAAAAGCCCAGUACUCUUACGAAGUUCUGCGAGAGCAUGUGGAGAUUUACAUUUUACCUUUAUAUAUUUACCUAUGGAGUACGGUUCCUGAAAAAGACACCGUGGCUUUGGAAUACCAGACAGUGCUGGAGUGGGUACCCAUAUCAGCCGCUGAUGCCCGACCUUCAUUAUUACUACAUUGUUGAAUUGUCAUUCUACUGGUCCUUAAUGUUUUCUCAAUUCAUUGACAUCAAAAGAAAGGAUUUUGGCAUCAUGUUUACACAUCACAUUGUAACAGUCACCUUGAUAACCUUCUCAUACGUAACCAAUUUGACACGAGUGGGAACUUUGACCUUAUGUCUCCAUGAUGCGGCCGAUGUUGUCCUAGAGGCUGCCAAAAUGGCAAACUAUUGCAAGUAUCAAAAACUGAGUGACCUUCUGUUCCUUACGUUUGCCAUUGUCUUCAUUGUCAGUAGGCUUGGCAUAUAUCCUUUAUGGAUAUUAAACACUACAUUGUUUGAACUGUAUGAAGCUCUGGGCAAUUUUCCUGCUUUGUGGGUCUUCAAUGUGUUGCUUGUGGUUCUUCAAAUUCUGCACUGUUUUUGGUCUUACCUAAUCAUAAAGGCAGCCUACAAAGCUAUUUCAAAGGGCAAGUCUGGGAAGUGGAACCCCUUGCAUGUAGCAAAGGAUGACCGAAGUGACAUUGAAUCAAGCUCAGAUGAGGAAGAAACAGUACCUCGCUCAAAGACCCCGCACAGCACUAUCACCACUAAUGGGACCGGUGGUGCCAAUGGGACAAACGGGUAUAUUACUGGUGGCACUUGCUCAGAGGAGCAUUAAUCCUUGGGUGUCAUGAGACACGAACAGAAUGAACUGUUUGCUAUGGAAGUAAAUUAUAAGUUGUGAAUGCGGUUUCUUCAUAUAUCUCAGCAUCAGAAAAAAUUAGGAGUAUAAAAGCAUUCAGAUAGUGCACUGCCAUAUUUCCUGUUUGUGAAUGAAGACAACACAUCAUUCUGUAUACGUAGGCAUGCUGUAUGUGUAUGUAAUUGACACAAUGGGAGCAGUAUUUUCACUUGUACUGUCUUUAAAAUAUUAUUUAUUUUGUAUUCUUUCUGGGAACUUCUGAACAAAAGGGAAUACCCUUUCUCAAACUUUUUUCACAGUGGUGGAGAGCAUCACGCUCAGAUCUCUUCGGUCCAUCCCUGUUGCUUUUGCUGAGUCUGCUAUAAGUAAUAGUUGCUUGAUUUGUUAAUUACAAAAGACAGAACAUAGCUUUACAUAUUCUAGUUCUGCUUCAGAUAUUUUUGCUAUCUUUGUGUUUUAGAGUGCUGGUUUUGAAAUUGCCUAUCAAUUCACAGUGGCCGUUUCUCCAACAGAAAGUUUUAAAACACUGGAUUGAUAUUUUAAAUAGUAGGUAAUAUGGUCAAUUAGCAAUUUGGGGAAAAAGAACUGUUGUCAUUGUGAGAUGUUAUUUUAGUAUAAGCUAAAAUUCAAAAUUGGUGGUUAAUUGCAUUAGAAGUAGAUUUGAUUGGUUGUGCAAAUACCCAAAAGCAUUUAUGUUAAUGGUUAAGAUACGCUCAUUCUUGUAUUGUUUUUUUAUUUUUUUUUUGUUGGGGUUUUUUUGUCUUGCAAUUUUUGGCCUCUAUAGAUUUCAGCUUUUUGAAGAGAUUCCAUGUUGAAAGAUAUUUGUUCAAGUGCACCAUUGUGAAUCCAGAACUCACUCCUGAAACUGUUCUUGCAAAUUAAGAUGGAUGAGAGCAGAUAUAUAAUUGAAAAAACAGCAGAUGAAAAGUCAUUGCUUCCUCAAACACAGUUCAGUCUAGGUAUCAUUCUUAUAAUUAUUGCCACUUUUUUGGUAGGCUGAAGAGAGAAAAGGCACAAUGUCAUACAUUACUAGAAGUAGUUUAUUUUAAAUGCAUGAAAACUUGAGCAAAAUUCACUUAACGUAAUUCACAACAAACUUCGAAGGCUCAGCAGUAUUUUGUCACCUUUAUAAAAAAAAAGGGGGUGUGUCUGUUAAAUAAUUUUGCUCUCCUAUUUCAUCCAAUCCUUACAAACUGUGUCGCAAAGAAGACAAAAUAACACCUAAAACUAACAUCCUCUUUUAACGUAAUAUAUAUAUACAUAUAUAA